GUGAAGUGCGGGCGGCGAUGAGAGCGAAAGUUGCGCUCGGCUCGGCGCUGGGGGCUUGAAGCGGCUCCGCUCUCCGCCCGCUAGGGCCGCCCCAGCCCCAACUCGCGCCCGCGAGCUCCGGCCGCGCCCGCCCGCCUCCGCGCCCGCUCUCACCCCCUCCCCCGGCCCGGCGCCCCCUCCUCAGGAGCCGCGGGUCCCCGCCACUUUCGCCCGGCCCGGGCCCCCGCCGAUGCCGGCCAUGGUGGAGAAGGGCCCCGAGGUCUCAGGGAAGCGGAGAGGGAGGAACAACGCGGCCAACGCGGCUGCCUCGGCCGCCGCCGCCUCGGCCGCCGCCUCGGCCGCCUCGGCCGCCGCCGCCGCCUCCUCGGCCGCCGCCGCCUCCUCGGCCACCGCCGCCUCCGCCUCGGCCGCCGCCGCCCCCAAUAAUGGGCAGAAUAAAAGUUUGGCGGCGGCGGCGCCCAAUGGCAACAGCAGCAGCAACUCCUGGGAGGAAGGCAGCUCGGGCUCGUCCAGCGACGAGGAGCACGGUGGCGGCGGCAUGCGGGUCGGACCCCAGUACCAGGCGGUGGUGCCCGACUUCGACCCCGCCAAACUAGCAAGACGCAGUCAAGAACGAGACAAUCUUGGCAUGCUGGUCUGGUCACCUAAUCAGAAUCUAUCAGAAGCAAAAUUGGAUGAAUACAUUGCCAUUGCCAAAGAGAAGCAUGGGUACAACAUGGAACAGGCUCUUGGGAUGCUCUUUUGGCAUAAGCAUAAUAUUGAAAAAUCAUUGGCUGAUUUGCCCAACUUUACCCCCUUCCCAGAUGAGUGGACUGUGGAAGAUAAAGUCUUAUUUGAGCAAGCCUUUAGUUUUCACGGGAAAACUUUUCAUAGAAUCCAACAAAUGCUUCCUGAUAAAUCUAUAGCAAGUCUGGUGAAAUUUUACUACUCCUGGAAGAAGACGAGGACUAAGACCAGCGUGAUGGAUCGCCACGCUCGGAAACAGAAGCGGGAGCGGGAGGAAAGUGAGGAUGAGCUGGAAGAAACAAAUGGAAAUAACCCCAUUGACAUUGAGAUUGAUCCAAACAAGGAAAGCAAAAAGGAGGUGCCCCCUACUGAGACAAUUCCUCAGAUCAAAAAAGAAAAACAUAGUACACAAGCUAAAAAUAGAGCAAAAAGGAAACCUCCGAAAGGAAUGUUUCUUUCUCAAGAAGACGUGGAGGCUGUUUCUGCCAAUGCCACUGCUGCUACCACGGUGCUGAGACAACUGGACAUGGAGCUGGUGUCAAUCAAACGACAGAUUCAGAAUAUUAAACAGACGAACAGUGCUCUGAAAGAAAAACUUGAUGGUGGAAUAGAACCGUAUCGACUUCCAGAGGUCAUUCAGAAAUGCAACGCGCGCUGGACCACAGAGGAGCAGCUGCUCGCCGUGCAAGCCAUCAGGAAAUAUGGCCGAGAUUUUCAGGCAAUCUCAGAUGUGAUUGGGAACAAAUCAGUGGUACAAGUGAAAAACUUUUUUGUAAAUUAUCGACGCCGCUUCAACAUAGAUGAAGUUUUACAAGAAUGGGAGGCAGAACAUGGGAAAGAAGAAACCAAUGGUCCCAGUAACCAGAAACCUGUAACGUCCCCGGAUAAUUCUGUCAAGAUGCCUGAAGAGGAGGACGAGGCUGCUUCUGUUCUUGACGUCAGAUACGCAUCUGCCUCAUGAGAAACUCUGGUGGCUCUGAGCACUUGGUAUGGACGACUGUGUUAUCCAGGAUUCAGGUAUUACAAGGCAUCACCCAGCCAUCUGCAUCACACCUCUGUGGGCAAGCAGCUGUUACCAAAAAGGCAUACACUCCAGUCCUGUGCUACAUCUGCCUUAAUUCUCUGCUCGUUCCUCCGUGUUGGCGCCACUUCCCGGAGAGCUCUUUGCGUCUCACGCUCUGCCUAAGCGAGGGGGGUCCCGUGGCCUGCCCGCCUCCUGCGACCCUGGGGACCACCGCCUCAGUCGGAGCCCCGGCCCACCAACAGCAGCUCUUCCCCGUCGGCGGCUUCGGAACAGGUAGUCGACUCGGAGGGCGUGACUCUGUUCCUGCAUGGCGUGCAAGCUCUACUUUGUGCAUAAUGUAACUUUCAGAGUAACUGUGACCCCAUUGGCCUUCUAGGAAGUUUUCUUUGUUCUUUUCUGAGGCAUCCACCUAAGUGAUAUCAUGCUUCUUUGGAAAUCACAAUAUAUUGGCAGACUGCAUUAUAACCUUUAUCGUGCCAAACAGCCUGACACAACUCACAUUUCCCUAAAUGUCGGUAUAAUUAUGGUUUAUAAAUUUAGUUGGCUUCAGUCUCUCCCUUCUCCCUUCCCGCGAGGUAGAAAGCUCAUUCGCAGCAACUGUCCUUGGACACUGUCGCUCAGAGGGAACGUGGACUCAACACUUCGUGCCGUCAACUUUCAGAUCGUCACCCCAGGAUGGGCGUCACCCUGUCUGUUCCUGACCCCCCACCCGUACCACCGCCCAACUCCAAGAGAUUUGGUCCAUACCACUGUACCUGGUGCUUGUACAUUUGGAAUUGGUGCCUUCUCCUUUUGGCAACCAUGUUUUCAACCCUUUUUCUGUUUCGGUGUCUUAUUUCUUCUUUAACGUUUAUUGCUUGCCAAAGAUGACAUCACUGAGAUUAGGAGACAGGGGAGAACUUGCUGCAGGUUCUUGACAGAGUGCAGAUUUUAAAUGUCACGUUAGGGCAAUAAUAAAGGGUAUUGGAAUAGCUGGUGAUGGUUUUAUAAAAGCUACGUGCUGUUUGUUCCCCGUCCUGUUGGUAUGCCUGGCCUUUCACAUGUCACUGCACAUAGCCUCUGUGUCCGUCAUCUACUGAUGUGACCACAUGAGCACCGUCCUCUCUCAAUAUUAUAUCGAUAGUACAGGACAGAGACGUGAUCAGUUAUUGGCUCUAGUGAGACCGAGAUGGAAAGAAACAGUCUGCGAAGUGGUAUGUAAUGCCUUUGGUUGCACUGGGAACAAGUACAAAUGUUUAAUAAGUGUUUAAAACUUC